CGCGCCGCUCCCCCUUCUUCGGCGCCUCUGGAGUCCUCUGGAGGACCCGGUCUGGGACGCUUCCCUGCGCCUCUCCCCGACCCUCGUUUGGAACCAGGUGGGCUGAGCCACCCUCAUGGAAGGGAGAGGACCCUACCGGAUCUACGACCCUGGGGGCAGCACACCUCCAGGAGAGGCAUCUGCAGCUCUUGUGCGCCUAGUGGAGGAGAAUUCCCGGCUGAAGGAAAAAAUGCAAGGGAUAAAGAUGUUAGGAGAGCUUUUGGAAGAGUCCCAGAUGGAAGCGUCCAGGCUCCGGCAGAAGGCGGAGGAGCUAGUCAAGGACAAUGAGCCACCACCUUCUCCUUCCUUGGGCUCCUUCAGCCAGCUGGCUGAGCUCACAGGAAAGGACCCAGGUGUCCCCGCACCGCCCACUGCGCCUGCACACCCGAGCGCCGAGUCCACACCAGCCCCGAAGCCUCCGUCCAGCGGCACGUCCUCUGAAUUUGAAGUGGUCCCCGCGGAGGAGCAGAGUUCUCCACCAGACAGUGGCAGCCACCCCAGGAACUCUACGGAGCUGGGCCCCCUGCCCCGAGAGGACGGCAAUCUGAUGCAGCACCUGCAGCGCCUGGAGACCACCCUGAGCGUGUGCGCAGAGGAGCCCGACCGCAGCCAGCUCUUCACCCACCUGGGCCGCAUGGCGCUGGAGUUCAACCGGCUGGCCUCCAAGGUGCACAAGAACGAGCGGCGCACCUCCACCCUGCAGACCCUGUGCGAGCAGCUCCGGAAGGAGAAUGAGGCCCUGAAGGCCAAGCUGGACAAGGGCCUGGAGCAGCGGGAUCAGGCUGCUGAGAGGCUGCGGGAGGAAAACAUGGAGCUCAAGAAGUUGUUGAUGAACAACAGCAACAAAGAGGGGACAUACGGGCGGCCAGGCUCACCAAAGACGGAGGGUGCUGGUGAGAAGGCAGCGGCUGUGCAGCAGCAGGCUGUUGUGAUGGUGGGCAAGGCCCCAGCGGUCGGGGCCUUGGGUGCCGCUGAGAAGAAGGUGAAGAUGCUGGAGCAGCAGCGCAUGGAGCUGCUGGAGGUGAACAAGCAGUGGGACCAGCAUUUCCGGUCCAUGAAGCAGCAGUAUGAGCAUAAGAUCACCGAGCUGCGCCAGAAGCUGGCGGAGCUGCAGAAGCAGGUGACUGAGCUGGAGGCUGAGCGGGAGCAGAAGCAGCGCGACUUUGACCGCAAGCUCCUGCUGGCCAAGUCCAAGAUUGAGAUGGAGGAGACUGACAAGGAGCAGCUGACCACUGAGGCCAAGGAGCUGCGCCAGAAGGUCAAGCACCUGCAGGACCAGCUGAGCCCGCUCACCCGGCAGCGCGAGUACCAGGAGAAGGAGAUCCAGCGGCUCAACAAGGCCCUGGAGGAAGCACUGAGCAUCCAUACCUCCCCAUCACCCCCGGCCGCCUUUGGGAGCCCAGAGGGUGCCAGCAGUCUCCUGAGGAAGCAGGAGCUGGCCACGCAGAACGAGCUGCUGAAGCAGCAGGUGAAAAUCUUUGAGGAGGACUUCCAGAGGGAGCGCAGCGACCGGGAACGCAUGAACGAGGAGAAGGAGGAGCUGAAAAAGCAGCUGGAGAAACUGCAGGCCCAGGUCACCCUGUCAAACACCCAGCUGAAAGCUUUGAAGGAGGAGGAGAAGGCGAAGGAAGCCCUGAGACAGCAGAAGCGGAAGGCCAAGGCCUCAGGAGAGCGCUACCACGUGGAGCCCCACCCAGAGCACGUCUGCGGGGCCUACCCCUAUGCCUACCCGCCUGUGCCAGCCCUCGUGCCGCAUCAUGGCUUCGAGGACUGGUCCCAGAUCCGCUACCCCCCGCCCCCCAUGGGCAUGGAGCACCCACCCCCCAUGGCUGGCUCACGCCUCUUCCAUCUGCCAGAAUACACCUGGCGUCCACCCUGUGGUGGGGUGCGGAAUCAGAGCUCCCAGGUGAUGGACACGUCCCCAGCCAGGCCUGCAGAACCAGAGUCUGCAGAGAAUGAUUGUGCGGGGCCUCAGUGAGACCAGAUUGUGUCAUUUGGCUCCACCUUCAUCUUGCAGAGCUGGCUGACCUCGGAUUGCCAAGAAGCUAGAGGCCGCCGCUGCGGGGCCAGAGCCUCCGCGGGACGCCAGGUCGCGGUGGGCGGGCACCUCACCGCCCGGACGCCCUCGGAUACUGGGGCGGCGCCACCCGAAGCUCCCGCCCGCCGGCACGUGGAGAGGCCUGCCGGCGCGCCCUGCCGUCCUGCCCGGAGCCGCAGGGCGGGACGCCCAUCCUGAGAGCGCGGUGCAGCCGACCCCAUCCUUUCAAACCUCCGUGGAAGCGGUUCUGGCCCGCGCGUGCCAGGCGCAGUUCGUGUGUUUGGUUUUUGCUUCAGGCGCUGUCGCGGGCCCGCCCCGGGCCCUGCCCGCCUCUGCGAGGAGCUGAGGAAGAGCAGCCGUCCCCAGCGCCGCCCGGGACGGGACGGAGGGGGGCUCCGCAGAGCCCCGCACCGCGGGGAGGCCGCUCUGGCUGCCGAGGGGCCCCGGCGCCCCCACCGGAAGUGUGUGGUGCCCGCGGAGCACGCGGGGGUGACGUCUGUCCCGGCGCACCUAUUUGCACAGAUCUUGGACAUAAAUCCAAGUUGAAAUCAG